CUUCGUGUGUGAGUGUGCUGUGUGCCAGCAUUCGGGACAAAAACGUUUAAUCAAAAGUGAUAUUUAAUAGUUAUUUCUUUCAGCAGUUUACGAUUCUUUCAUGACAAUUCGGCGGCCUUUAGGCCCAACUAGCAUGCUAACCACCACGCUAGGGACUGCUUUACGUUGCUUCAGCUUUAGUACGCAGGCUUGCGAAUCUGGUCUUGUAGCGUCAGCUAACACUAGCUAACUAGUUGCUAUGAAUUAUUUUGCUCAGGUUAGUAAGCUCAUGCCAGUGAGAAAUAAUGUUGCAAGCAAUGUCUGAAGAGUUGGAUGAAAUUGUGCAAAUAACAGUGGAGGAUUUUAACCAGGAUGACCGUACAGACAUGCUGGACAAUGCUGACGAUGAAGAAAGGCCUCACAAGAAGAAGAGGAAAUUAAGCAACAGUCAAGAGAACAACAGCAACCAAGACAUAUCUUUUAUUAAGAACCUGCUGGUUUCAUUCACUGCAUCAAUCACACAUCGACUGGAGGGCAUUGAGUCCAAGUUACAGGCUUUGGAUGCGACAUGCAAAGCCCUUGGGCGCAAACUUGACAACAUGGUGCCCUGUGCCAAGAGUCCCAUCCAAGUUCCCAUGGUUGCAGGUUCGCCUCAGGGGGCCACUCAAACCUGGAACAAAGUGCGAUGUGUUGUUCCACAAACAAAUGUGAUAGUGAGCAGGGAACACCCGAAGGGGACUACCCAAGAAGACACCCCCUUGGAGAACCUACUCAGCAACACAGUGACCAGGAGGCGACAGAACACAAUUCUGGUAAAGGUGCCUGGCCCUGAGGAGAGUCAAGAAGAACAGGAAAGUGGCUCAGAGGCUAGUGAUUCUGUUUCCAAUGGUGGCCAGUCCAGCAAUGCACAAAAUGGCCAAAACAUCACGCUCAUCACACUGAAUUCAGAAGAUGAUUACCCAGAGGGCACCUGGUUGGGAGAUGAUAACAACCCAGAGAUGCGAGUGCGUUGCCCAGUCUCUCCAGCAGAUAUGCUUCAUAUCAGUACAAACUGCCGCACAGCAGAGAAAAUGGCGCUGACACUACUGGACUACCUGUUCCAUAGGGAGGUCCAGGCUAUGUCAAACCUCUCUGGGCAGGGCAAACAUGGCAAGAAGCAGCUGGACCCGCUCAUGAUCUAUGGCAUCCGCUGUCAUUUGUUCCACAAAUUUGGCAUCUCUGAGUCAGAUUGGUAUCGCAUCAAGCAAAGCAUUGACUCGAAGUGUCGCACCGCCUGGAGACGCAAACAGCGUGGCCAGAGUCUGGCUGUCAAGAGCUUCUCCAAACGCACACCUCGCAAUUCAGCCACAGAGGGAGGCAUUGGAGAAGAAACAGCCCACAUUGAGACUGCCACCCCGCAGACUUUGCACUACACCCUGGCAAAUCAGCAAGUCCAGAUCCACCGUAUUGGCGAGGAUGGACAAGUUCAGGUGAUUCCACAGGGUCAGUUGCACAUUGCCCAGGUGCCACAAGGAGAGGAGGUGCAGAUCACACAGGACAGUGAGGGAAACCUCCAGAUCCACCAGGUGCAUGUUGGGCAGGAUGGUCAGGCUCUUAUCUGUAGUGCCCUUCUUUGUGUGUGCUAUGCUGACCAUAUGCAGCCCUGGAAGAUGAAAGAAGAAACUGAUGAGAAGAAGGGGAGAAAGUAAAAACAUGAGGGAGAGGAAAUCCAAAAAGGGAGACCGUCUGGAAGAGAUGUUUUGUCCCAAUCAUGAUUGGAAACACCACCAGUUGAGCCGUGAACCAGACAAAAACACUGUUAAACAAAUGCAUUAUACCAGGUGCCACAUAAAAACAAAGCAGAGGGUUGUGCUCUCUGGUUGCUCAGGGAAACACGAUGUGCCCACAGUGGCCCUGGAUGUCCCCCCUCCCUCUUUUCUCCUACCCAUUUUUUUUGCUUGUAAAUACAGUAUCAGAGAAAGAAAGUAACAGUCUACCUCUAAAUCCUACAGAGAAGCAGUAGUUCCACUGUUUAGUGAGGUUUAUCCCGACAAGAGAGCUUUACCGUAAACUUAUGCAGUGUCAGCCUAAUAAAUCUAGCACAUCCCAAGAGACCGCUAUAAAGCUUUAGCAAAUUUACUGAUUCUGUCAUCCGCCUGCAUCAUUUACUGAUGAUAGACUUGAAUGCCGCCCACUGGGGGCUUCAGACUUGACUGUCAAGAGCCUGAACUCACCCUCCUCCAGACCUCACUAUUCCCCUCUGCCAGUCCUUCCUGUCAUCACAUGUUACGAUGCAUCUGUGCAUUGUUCAUGGUCAAUGUGGGAACUGGGUCACAGAACAGAACAGAGUCCAGCUCAGCUCUGGUCCCUCUGGCCACCCUGUAAGCACAGAACUGGUCCAGGGCUAGAAAAAAAAUACCGGCAGAACAUUGUGUUAGAAUGAUGGUGUAGAGAAGGAGAGGAAAAUCCUAGAUGAGUUGAUUAAGGAGAGGUUAAGAAAAAGAGGGCCAAAUGGGGAAAUGUGAGAGGAUGAAGUAAGAUAAUAAAGAUGAGAUGAAGAGGGAAUGGAUGGAUGAGCUCAUGUUGUACUGCAAGUGUUGAUGUUCUUACAGGCAUCGUCUCUUUUGAUGUCUGCUGUCAAUUAGCUUCGGAAAACGUCUGGCGUUCUUGGACAGUAUCUCUUGCAUUUGUCAUUCCUACACAUAAAGCAGAUGCUUGAACAAUCUGUAGAGUUAACUUCACAGAAUCAGGGUGUGAUUUAAACUGCUGGCGUGCAGCCCAAGUUACUCAGUUGUCCUGUUUCUCUCUCUCUGCUCAAGAAUGCUGUUCCUAGUGUUUAAGUGGUUGUUCAGAUUCCUGUGAUUCACAGCAGGAGGAGAGGGCAAAAAUGAGAUGAAAAGAUACAAGCAAGAUGUUUUAUGACCAAUGUUUAGUAUAAGUAAGCAGUCUUGGAUUUGGAGGUCUAGUAGUAGAUCCCAUUUCAAAGAGGUUUUGCUCUGCUUUGUGUCCUUGUGGCAUCAAGGCCCGGAGAUAAAGGGCCACAGAUUGGGGGAGUCCUUAGUUCUGAAUGUGUGUGUUGGUGUGUAUGUGUUUGUAGGUCAGCAUUUUAAAGCGGUGCAGAGGAGGUUACUACCAGUGGUGUUUCCUUUUGUCUUUGUGGACAGAGCCUAGGGUCACUGACUGUGUGAAUAAGUAGGGACCAGAUGUUUUAGAAACAUUUUCAGUGUUACCAUCAGUACAUUCUCCAUCAUUCCAUCACACAGACGUGAAGUGAGUUGGAUACAGUGUUAGUAUGUUCUGGGGAGAAAAACAGCAUCACUAGUAGUUUUGGGGAACAAUAAAACUAGUUUUUGUGGGAAUGAUUGCAAAAUGACAGCUGAAAGUUAAAAAUGCCAACUAAAUACAUUUACAGACCAGCCCUUCUUCUGGACAUUAAGAUAAUUAUUUAACCACUAAUAAGCCAGAGAAAGGACAAGACAGAUGUUUGAGCUGGAUGUUGCAUGACAGAGUCCUCUGAAUGGUUUGAUUUGUUUUGUUCUUUUAAUAAUUCUAGCAAAUGUUGGUAGCAAUAAAAGUUAUAAUGUGUGAUAGAUGUGAUGUCUCAGUGAGUUCAAGACUCCAGUGUGCAGCAUGCUGAUGGAAGAUGAUAGAUGUCUUUCACGGUAGAGCUGGGAUUUGUAGUAAAUCUGAUGGAUUCUUGGCUGCUGUGCAUUAAAGGUGAUAAGUGUGUUUGAGCUUAGGAACCACUGAAUCCUCUUCAAAAGAGGUCAUCUGGGGGCUCAUGCGAGCAGUUUAAAAGGUUGUUUUCAGGUCAUUUGGACAUAUUUAGUCUUAAAGUCCACUUUCUAAUGCCUUUUGAUUUGUUUCUGGGUUUUUAAAGGCAAGUACCAGUAACUUGCCAGUUGUGUCAGGAAACUCUCAGCCUCCAUCAAUGUGCAUUUGUAAGUUCCACAACAGAUUAUAUGACUUAUUAAUAUGAGUAUUUUGUGUGGUGUGAUAUUUUGUUAGUUGAGUUAUACGACCUGUGUGUAUCAUCUCUUUUGGCUCCAUCCACGGCAUUACACAAGGUAUUUGGAAACACGAUGAAGUCAUAAUUUUCAAUCAUGAAAUUAUACAACACUGUAAAAGCCUUUGUCAGUGAGACAGGCCAAGUUUGGAUGUGUGCUAGAGAACAUUGAAAACCUUAAGUGCACUUUUAUUCCUUUUUUGUUUCUAAGGGGUCUGACUCUUAAUUAUGGCUGUUAUUUUUGUCAUCAUCCCCUUCUUGAUUUGCUGGUUCUGGAUCAGAAUUCAAGUCAAGCUGGUUUUGUCAUGAAACCUCCUGUGAGCCGUGCCUGAAUCCGACUCCCAAUCUGCUUGUGGGAGUUGUGGAGCAAAGGAUGCAAGAGAGGGUUUUAUUAGAUGCAGGUGUUGAGCCCUCUUGUAGAGUGUCAGGGUUCGGGUUGAGAUGUGAAGCUAUGGGCCAUGAAUAUAGAAUUUCUACCAAAGAUGGAUUUGAAUGAAUAAUUUGUGGACAGGAAAUGGAUAUAUCAGUAAUGCACAGUGCUAUCACAUGUCAAAAGUCUGAACAUAUAGCUCCAAAUAAGUGAGUGAAUUCACAAACCACAGAGACACAAAACAUGGUUCUUUUUGACUUCUGUUUUAACUAUCUGACAUUCUUCAGCUUGUAUCACAAGUCUUCUGUCGUCUCUGCAGUUGUAUUAUGAGCAGAGACCCAGCUGAAAUGAGAAUAGUCCUCAGACUCAGAGGUCAAAUAAAAGGCAUAUGUAACUAAGAGAGUUAAUGACUGCAGUGAGAUGUACAAUAUUUAGGCCAGUGUGUUCAUUUUCCCAGUCCACACUAAACAAGCGCUCAGAGCACCGCGGUGUCUUUGGGCAUCUUUACAGCCCAGUCACAGCCAGAUCUUAGUUCCCACCCUACCUUUCCACCCGGAGCUAGUGUUUCUGCCCAAACAUCUGUCCACGGUUGGCAGUUGCAGAUGUUGUUGACGGCUGUGAAGAUUAGAGGAAGUUCCAACCACUCAUGGUCCAUAUGUUUCUUUUUUCAUUUCCCUGUUUUGUUUUCAGGUCCGAUGGAGGAGGAGGAGGAGGAGGUAGCCCUUAUUUGUAUAGACUUUUGUUUCUUUUAAAAGGAGGAUCUUGUGUUAUGGGGGAUUCCAGUGUGCUUUGAUUACAGCUGAGGUAAAGCAGAAUCUUUAAAAACAUACCCAGACACAAACACACACAUGCACCCUAAGUGGGUGACUCAUUGUAGCAUCCGAUGUGCAGCUGAGUUUAACUGAGACCUCCUGUGAGCCUGGGAAUCAGUGCCAGCAUGCACCAAGUACUGUAUGUGCACUGUGAAAGCAUGCUGUUUUUUUGAUGCAUUACUGUGAGACUGUUAGAAAGGACAGAGGUGGGAAUAAGUGAGUUUUGUUGUGUUGAUGAACAACCUGUAUUUUCUCUACAUCUUCAUUGUUCAAGUUUAAAUAGUUCUAUAUAAUACUCAGACAAGCAAAGAUGAGAACUGGGUCAAAAAACUUUGUUUAUUCAGUUGCUUGUUGUCUUGAAAUCAUGAAUGUUUUUUGUAUUAAGCUGUUGUUGUUCAUUUUUGUGCUGUGUAUUGUGUGUGUUUGUAUCCUGGAUCAAUUACUUGUAUUACAGCAUCAGCAAAAAAUUUAUUUUGUUUGUUCCCCCUUUUCUCAAGGCCUUGACAGCUAGCAAAGCCUGCAGAGAAUUUAAAAUGUUCCUGAUUGUUCAGCACUCCCCUUUCCAGUUUUGUUCUGCAGAAUCAAAGCCUUCUUUGACCUUCCAGCAUAGGAUUGGCCUGCCGAUUAUUUAAGGGUCCCAAUCCCUAAAUCUGUGAGGUCAACGGUGAGAUGUGCUGAUGGCCUCUGUUUCUGAGGAACUGAGCUCAAUAUGUCAAAUCUAAUAUACUGGGCUAGACUGUAGUUUCUCCAGUGUCAGGGGACAUGACUUUUUGAAGAAAGCCCUUCAAAUACUUCUCAUCUUGUUUUAUAAUGUCUUAGCUUCUAAUAACAACCUUGAUUUGUUGUUGAUUCAAAAAAUAUGUAUAAGCUGAAUCAUUUUCUUCCUCCUUGAUACCGUUCUGUAAUUGUUUUUGUUUUUGCAUCAUUGCCAACAGGCUUAAUGAUGAUUAUAACCUAUUAGCUGAAUGAGAGGUAAUUAUCAUCAGUACUCUCAG